AUGGCUCAGACACUUCUUUGGAUCGGCCUCGGCAACAUCGGCAGGGGUAUGUGUAAAAACAUUGCGGAAAAGUCCAAACUUGACAAACCACUCCUCAUCUACAACCGCACCACCAAGCGGGCCACGGAACUGAGCCAGAGCCUGCCCGCCGGUAAGACUCAGGUCGUCGAGGCGCUUGGGGACGCCAUCGCGCAGGCCGACAUCAUCUUCACAUGUGUCGCCAACGACCAGGCAGUGGAGGAAAUAUUCGCAACCGCAUCCCAGCAGAAACUUGAGGGCAAAGUUUUUGUCGAGUGCUCAACCAUAGCUCCCGGCGCCUCAGAAGCGGCCGCGAAGGCGGUGCUGGACAAGGGCGCCGAGUUCAUCUGCGCGCCCGUGUUCGGAGCACCCGCCAUGGUAGCAGCUGGCAACGCUACCUUGGUGCUUGCCGGGCCCAAGGCCUCGAUCGAGAAGAUCCGGCCCUAUAUCGAUGCCAUGGCGGCUCGCGAGAUCAACAUGGCUGACGAGCCGUACCACAAGGCGUCGACGUUGAAGGUGCUGGGUAACACCGUCAUCCUGGGCAUGGUCGAGCAGCUCGCUGAGACCUACGUGGCUGCCGAGAAGAGCGGGCUCGGGACCGGCUACGUGAAGCAGUUUGUCGACGCCAUGUUCGGUGGCAGCCCUUACCCUGCGUACUCGGUGCGCAUGUUGGAGGGUGACUAUUACAAGAGGGAGGAACCGCUCUUCGCCGUUGAUUUGGCAAGGAAAGACGCCGGGCACGCCAUGGCCAUUGCCAAAGCCGCAGGGACACGGCUGCCAAAUAUUGAAAACGCCGAUAGGCACCUACAGAUUGUCAAGGAGCACGUAGGACCAUCAGGUGAUAUGGCCGGCAUCUACGGCGCCGUAAGAAAGGAAGCUGGCCUCAAGUACGAGAACGACUCUUGA